CCAAGUUCCCAUUCACUCCUGUCCCUGUGAAGAGUGAAGAUGAUGAAGAGGAAGCUCAGUCCUCACAGCUUCAUCACAGACAGACUGAAACUGAUGGAGAGGAAGACAUGGACCCAGACGCUGAUGGAGAGGACCAGGACUGUGGAGGACCAGAACCAGCCAGGAUCUCACACCCCCAUCCACUGUUACACCCAGAGACCGAAGACCAGACCGGAGACUCUUCAGAGACGGACGACAGCGACUGGUCUCCGGCUAACGAAGCUCGCUCAGGUUUACCGCCGUUGGCUCAGAAACACGGCGAGGCCGCAGAGAGCGAGGCCGGGUCUCCGGCCAAGGAGCGCCCGUUUCCCUGCUCGUACUGCGGCAAAAGAUUCAGCCUGAAGGGAAACCUGAACCGGCACGUCCGAGACCACACGGGCGAGCGUCCGUUUCCCUGCACCGGCUGCGAUAAGUCGUUCAAAGACAGCGGCUCGCUGACGGCACACAUGCGCUGUCACACGGGCGAGCAGCCGUACAGCUGCCUGUUCUGCGGGAAGAGCUUCAGCGGGAGAGGCAACAUGACACGGCACAUGAGGAUCCACACGGGCGAGAAGCCUUUCAGCUGCUCGCUGUGCAGCAAGAGCUUCCACGUCAAAGAGCACCUGAGCCGACACAUGAAGUACCACACGGGCGAGAAGCCCUUCAGCUGCUCCGUCUGCGGGAAGGGCUGCGCGCAGAAGACCGACCUUAAGAAGCACAUGCGCGUGCACACGGGCGAGAAGCCGUUCAGCUGUCCCUUCUGCGGGAAGUGCUGCGCCGAGAAGGGCGACCUGACCAAACACAUGCGCGUGCACACGGGCGAGAAGCCGUUCAGCUGCAACGUGUGCGGGAAGAGCUGCGCGCAGAAAGGCAGCCUGAAGAUCCACAUGAGGGUCCACACGGGAGAGAAGCCCUUCAGCUGCUCCGUCUGCACCAAGCGCUUCACCGUCACGGGACACCUCAAGAGACACAUGAAGCUGCACGCCGCAGAGGCCGCACGCUCGCCGCCACACUCACAGCAGGACGUGGAAGCUUCGGACACACAGGAAGUGGAAGCUUCGGACACACAGGAAGUGGAAGCUUCGGACGCAUCUUGACUAAGAAAAGGCGUUUGAAUAUUCCUUCUAAAAAACACUAUGUUUGCACAUUAAAAAUGUCUUAUAUAACGUAAUUUAAACACCGUAGACCCCCCCUCUCUCUCUCUGUCUGUCUGUCUCUCUCUCUCUGUCUGUCUGUCUCUCUCUCUCUGUCUGUCUGUCUGUCUCUCUCUCUCUCUCUGUCUCUCUCUCUGUCUGUCU